AUGUAUUGCCAGUCUCACUGCAAUACUUCAGGCAGGCCCUUUCUGGGGCACGCAUAUCCCUUGUCCGAGGAACCAGCCCUACUUUCACGCACAGCAAGUCCCAUGUGGCUGUUGGCGAAUACCACAGCACCUUUCUCCCCUGGGUCUGCAAGCAGUAACGCUUUUGGAGAUGCUUCAGCGAAAGGUCCGGAUCAACCAAGACAAUGUAAGUCAUGGACGCUAUGGACACAAAUUGACCAAGACGAGACCGAUGCAGAGAUUCGUAGAAAGGUCAUGAAGGAGCUUGUCCAUUCUUGGAUGGACCGCUUGCAAUUAAUAUCUGUCAUUGCCACGUUCUUCGCUGCGACUGAGGCGCAGUUACUAGGCUUUGUCAUGCCUGAUGACGGCGAACGGCCCACUCGUAUACAACAAGCCGCGAACGCGAGCCUCGUAGGAGCAUUAGUAAUCCAUCUAUGCGCAGCGAUCAUCUCAUUCCUCGCUGCUUUUUUCUUGAUCCGAUAUCGAUUGAGGGAGGCAAAGCGGGAAGAACGUAAGGUUGAAGCGGGCGGGGAGACGACGACGACAACGACACAGUCAUCGCAAGAAUCGCAGAACCACAUAUGGUCCGCGGACCCGCAUCUCGAGCAGGUCGGCCCGUUCCGCAGGGGCCCGCCAACACGUCUCCUGGAGCACUGCCAUACGCUGUGCAUGUGGCUCGCUGCAGUGGGCUUCGUGCUCGCGCUCGCGGGGGUGCUGUGCUACUCCUGGUCACGCCUCCCGCGGAGUGCUAGUAUUUUCGCCACGACCAUCAUGGGCGUGUGCUGGGCUGCGACUCUGGCGGCGGUGUUCUUGCUUCCGUGA